AUGAUGGGUCACGGGCAUCUUCGGCCAUUUCAGCCGAAAAAGAAUCCAAUUUCGGACGAUUAUAGAUUAACCGGUUCAGUUUUAGGGUUAGGUAUCAAUGGCAAAGUUCACGAAUGUUAUUCCCGAGUAACACAACAGAAGUACGCCUUGAAGGUUCUGAAAGAUGUGCCAAAAGCCCGGCGGGAGGUAGAUUUGCACGUGAGGGCGUGCCUGGCAUGCAACCACAUUGUUAAAAUUCACGAUAUUUAUGAGAAUAAUUACUCAGGACAGAGGUGCCUUCUUGUCGUCAUGGAAUGCAUGGAGGGCGGAGAGCUUUUUAAUCGCAUACAAGAGAGAGCAGACUCAGCAUUUACAGAAAGAGAGGCAGCCGCAAUCAUCAGAGACAUUGCUAAAGCAAUAUUUCAUCUACAUUCCAUGGAUAUAGCACACAGAGAUUUAAAGCCUGAAAAUUUGCUGUACUCAGAUAAAACAGACAAGGGCAUUCUCAAAUUAACAGAUUUUGGUUUUGCCAAAGAAAUUGGUCAGCGCAAAUCAUUGCAAACACCCUGCUAUACACCGUAUUAUGUUGCACCCGAAGUGUUAGGUCCGGAGAAAUAUGACAAAUCGUGUGAUAUGUGGUCUCUAGGAGUUAUCAUGUAUAUUCUGCUGUGUGGCUACCCCCCAUUCUAUAGCAAUCACGGAGCUGCCAUCUCUCCAGGAAUGAAGAAGAGAAUACGUAAUGGUCAGUAUGAAUUCCCUAACCCUGAGUGGAGCAGGGUUAGUUCUGAAGCCAAAGAUUUAAUCAGAGGCCUGCUGCGAACAGACCCAGACAAAAGACUUGAUAUUGUACAAGUUAUGCAAAACAAAUGGGUUGCGGAUAAUACUUUGGUGCCACCAACACCUCUUAUGUCUGCACAAGUUCUCAAAGAAGAGGAGGAUGUCUGGAUGGAUGUUCAGGAAGAAAUGACGAACGCUCUGGCCACAAUGAGGGUUGACUACGACCAGGUGGUAAACAUUAAAAACCUACAACAGUCCAACAAUCCCUUGCUGAAGAAACGGAUGAAGGAGGUCACAAGCGGAGCUGCUGCCAUGUAG